UCAGCAGAAAUCGGCUCCACUCGGAAUCUACUAACAGCUUCUCUACUUACUUCCAUCCACCUGGAUAUUCCCACUGCCAAGGUAGACUUCUGGCGGAAGCAUCUAUGUUGAAAAACACAGGGUCAAAUGUUGGUCAACACGCUGGUGACUUGGAUCACCUCAACCGGGCUGGGAAGAAAAACCCUUACCACAAACUCCAUGGAUUUCUCCGAAAUAUCACUAAACCCUAUUGGCUCACAAACCGACAUACUCCAAGCUUACUGAAAGACUUCAGCGCCUUUAAAAUGGAUGUUGACAAUCUAGAAGUAUGCUUGACUGGUUGCAAAAGGGAACGUGAGGAAGUAGAGGCUUACUGUAGCAGUGAAUUUGUGGUGAAUGGAAUUGUUCAUGAUAUUGUCAUGAUAUACAAAGGAACAUAUUUGGUGACCAUGCUGGUGAACAACAAUGGACUCUACAAGACAAAUCGGCUGUUCCUCAACCCUGAUGGCUACUUCUUUCGAGUUCAAAUGCUUGUUGUGGAUGCCCUGAAUUGUAACAAACACUGUGCAGACUUUCAACUCGGCGGCAGGUACAUUGUAAUGGGUCACCUGUAUCACCGGAGAAGGCAACUGCCUAUAGUUCUACAAGAGCGUGUAAGAGGCCGUCUGAGGCCAGGAGAUGGGCUGCUUUGCAGAGGCAACAGCUACAUGAAGAGGUUCAACAGAAGGCGAGAUCAAAAAGUUCACGGGGCAGCUCACUCCAAGUGUGGCUGAGAAGGCAACUCUGCCAUAAAUUUCUCUGGAUCUGAAAGCAGUUUUAGAGUAACAGGUGGAUAAAAAGUGUUCUCUGGUUUUGCUAGAGGCCGAUAGCACUUUUGGUCUGAAAAAUCUCUUGCUUUUGCUAUUAAAACAAGGAACUGGAGCCUGCUGCAACUUCUUAAUUUUUUCACCCAAUUAUCAAGGCAUGAUAUUUACUCCCUGUAAUUAAUCUAUAUAAAUUGAUCUGUUUGGUCAGAUUGAAGUCAACCAGUUACCCAUCAAAUGCUUUUCCAGGUUCCUUUAGGGAUUAUCUUCUAUAUACAUCAUGAUCAUUAGCUCCUAGCUAAUAAUUCUGUUCCA